ACAGACACUCUGACACGUACGAUGUAAACAUGGCGGCGCUGUAAUAUUUGAUGCCUUUCUUUCUCUCUGUGUUUUGCAACUGUAGCGGAACAGCAUAGUCCGAUUUCCGACAAAAGAGUCAUAAGUUUAUUUCUGUAGAAAGCAAGAAAGAUUUAGGAAUGUGGAUGCUGUGAUUGCCUAAGCGAAAAGGUGUUUUUCUUCGAGGUGCGUUGCAUUUUUGGCAAGAUAUAACUCAGUAUGUCAUGGUUUACUGAACUUGCUGGCAAAGCAGAGUCGCUUUUGGAGAAGGUUGACACUGCCGCAGCCUCAGCGCUUACCAAAGAACAGGUCAAUCAGGAACCUGUUGGAUUCAUUGCAGCUAGACCAACGACAGUGAACUCUGAACCAACUCAGAGAAUAACUGCUGUGCCAUUCAAUAACCAGGGAGUUGAUAGUUUGAGAACACCAAGUGAAAGCAGUUUGUUAGGUGGUCCCACAGUUCCCAUUAAGCCUCGGUUUCCCCCAUCUGGUUCCAGAACACCUCCAAGGGUGACAAAAACAGAAAACAAAAAUGAUGAUAAAUUAUUUGAGUUCCUGAACAGCAACCUCCCUGCUUCUAAGGAAAGAAAGCCUGUGAAACCAAAGAUAGUGGCAGACAGUUCAUCUGAAGCAGCAAUCAAACCCAGUGACUCUGUAGAGAAGCUACAAGGUGAUGUUGCAGAUGGAAAAAUUAAUGAAGGAAUUGUUGCCAAGAGCACUGCAGAGGCAGAUGAAAAAAUGGCAGACAUUACAGACAUGCCUAAUGGGCCCAGCAUAGAGGAGCCUCAAUCACAGGACAUGCCUCAACAUGACACUACUGCUGCCAGCCAACGUCCAGCAGAUGACCGUGUGUCCAACCUUGAACUAGAGAACACACUACUUAGGAAAGAAGUUGCAUCACUCAACGAAGAAAUGGUUUCUGUAGUGCAAAGGGCCAAGGAAGCUGAAAGAAAAGUAAAAGAAGCAGAGAAACAGCUUCAAAGAAGCCAGGACCAGUUAUCAACUUCUGAGGACAUUGCAAGGCAGUUGAGAAUGAAGGAGGAGGAUUUUACGGAGGCACUUAAUGCCAAGGACUCACAGCUGGCUGUGUUAAGAGUAAGGAUACAAGAGUCAGACCAGGAACUGCACAAUAAACGACAACAAAUUGAAGAGUACCAGCUAGAAAGAGAAAGACUACUGCAUGAUCACUCAGCAUCUACUGGAGUGCACAGUCAUGCUUUAGAUACACUAAAAGCUAAACUGGAAGAAGCUGAGAAGAAACUCAAGUCUGAACAGGAAUCUCAAAAGAAAAUGGAGCAAGAGGCCAUGGAGAGGCAAACUAAACUUCAAGAGGAACAAGCAGCCAUGGUUGAGUCACUGAAAAAUAUGCAAAAGAAAAUUAAUGAAGAGAAGAAUAAGAGUAAUGACAAUGCAGCAGCACUUAAAACUGCAAAAGCAAAUAUGGAAACUGCAAAGCAAGAUCUGAAGGACUACAAGGACAAAGCAGCCAGAAUUCUUCAGGCUAAAGACAAAGUCAUAGCAAGUCUCCGUGAUGGAAGUAGUGGAGAGGUUACCAGUGGUAUCAGUAGUUCAGAAUAUGAGGAGGUUUGCCAUGAAAGAGACAUGUUUAAAGAUGAAGUUAACCAGAUCAAGUACAAAAUGGAGCAACUCAAGGCUGAUCUACAGGACCUGGAACAACAACAACAGUCAGAAGCAGAUCUGGCCCGAGAGAAGGUAGAGGAAAUAGAAAGUGUCUUGGAAGAUGAAAAGAGGAAAAGAGAGGCCUGCGAACAGCAAAUUCAACAACAUCUUCAGGACCUCCAUCAUGCACAAGAUGAAGUACGAGGGACUAAAACCAGCUUCAUGGCACAAAUACAGGAGAGAGAGAGUGAAAUUCAGAAACUGAGAAAUCAGCUUGCAACCAAGGCGCUUACAUCUACAAGUGAAGAGGAAUUGGGAAAUCGAGUUAGAGCAUUAACUGAGAACCUCAUCCAAAAGCAAACACUGAUCGAGGCCCUUAGUACAGAAAAGAACUCUCUGGUGUUACAGCUGGAAAGAUUAGAGAAACAGUACAGAGAUGUACAGGCGUCUACCUCCAAAAUGAUGGCAGGACCUUCAGCAUCUUAUGACGGUUUUGACGACACGGACGAAAACACCCUGUCUCGCGUGAGGUCAAUAUCGUCCAUAAUGCCCUCCCAACUUAAUGAUUCCAGAAAAGUCAAAAGAGCAGUUAAUGAAAUCGACAAAUUCAGUAUCAGACUUGGUCUAUUUCUGAGGAGAUAUCCAGUUGCGAGGCUGUUUGUCAUUAUUUACAUGGUAUUGCUUCACAUAUGGGUCUUAAUUGUUCUCCUCACGUACCAACCCGAGGUUCAUACAACCAGUUCAACUCGCCUGCCACGACCUCCUAAUUAGCUUCUGCAAAACUGUUUUCAAAUGACUACUAGGACAAAAUCAAUUCUAAACAUCGAGCGCCGAAUAGGUCCGAACAAUCCGAGGCAGCCGGCGCGCAGUGAAUUUAGUCUUGACAAACAACACAGAGGGCUUGUCACAUUUCAAGAAUCAUGGACAAGUACAAAAUGAUAAGCUUAGUAAUGGUCAGUAAUGGUUGACUGAGAUCCAUCGAAACUAGCAGUAGACGUACAGUGGGUUAGAAGUCACUGAAACUUCACUGGCAAUUAGUGUCUGUUGAAAGUACUGUAAAUAAAAUUCUCGGAUAUAUUUAUACUCAGUAAAGCGCUUUGACAGAACUCUGAGACACAAAAUAAAAUCAAAGUGCAAUAUAAUUUUAGCAAGCAAGGGCAAUAGUGUUGAAUUAAAAUAAAGCAAAGUUGAUCAUCAACAAAACUAUUUUCAUGCUAA